AUGUCUGCACCAAACUCCAGAAAACGCGCAGCGCCUGGCGUGUCGCCGAUUGUGCCGAUGCAGCAAAAUGUGCAGCAAGCAUUCCCAUCAGACGGCAUGUCCGAUGCGAUGACGCGCUGGAGCGGUGCGGCUGACACCGCCGCUUUUCUCGACAAUAAUGUCUACGCUGCGAGCCCAUAUCCCAAUGCCGGUCAGUUCCAGCAGCCCAUUCCAGGGCCGUCCAACGCGGUGGCUCGCCGUCCGAUGAACCAGUCUUUCUUGCCGACGAACGCGCGAGGCGCAUACGACCCGAACGCAGAUCCCUGGACUCCUUUUCCCGAUGUCGAGGGCGCGCUGGUGCAGCACACCAACGGCGAGGGCAACCCGGAGGAGGAGAGCGUGGAGAAGCUGGAAGAGCUGGCAGCCAAAGCCAAGCGUGAGGCGCACGCCAAGCGCAAACAGAUCCCACCAUUUAUACAGAAACUUAGCAGCUUUUUGGAAGAGCGCAAAAAUGAAGAUCUCAUCCGCUGGUCGGAGAGGGGCGACUCGUUUAUAGUUUUCAACGAGGAGGAAUUCGCCAAGAAGUUGAUUCCCGAGCUCUUCAAACACAACAACUACGCCUCAUUCGUUCGGCAACUCAACAUGUAUGGCUUCCAUAAAUGUGUUGGCCUGUCCGACAAUUCCAUGCGCGCCAGCGAGAGGAAGAAUAAGAGUCCCAAUGAGUACAAAAAUCCUUAUUUCCGAAGAGGACAUCCCAACCUGCUAUGGCUCAUCAACAAACCCAAGGGCAAGAAAGAAGCGACAACUAAGAGUGCUUUCGGGCAAGGCGGCAGCGAUGAUGAGAUUGCCAACGAGGAGAGCACCAACCAGCCCAGCCCGAACAACGCAAGUAUCCCCGCCGGCCGCACAUUGCCGUCAACAGAGAGCGCCGCUCCGCCCAAGAAAGAACUGUCUGUGAUACACGAGGAGCUCCACAAGGUCCGGGAGAAGCAGAAACUGAUUCUCGGAGCUAUCAACGCCUUGCAGCGUAACAAUAACGAGCUCUACAACCAGGCGCUACUGUUUCAAAAUCAGCACGACCGACAUCAGAACUCUAUCAAUGCCAUACUUAACUUUCUCGCCAAUGUCUUUCGUAAGACGCUCGAAGACCAGAGCGGGUCUGGCAAUGUUACCGACAUGAUAAGUAGUAUGCUGAAUAGCCAGGGUCAGCAAGGACACGGGAGCGUGGUCGAUCUCGGUGACCUUUUCCAGGCGCAGAUGGAUCCUUCAGGCUCUCUCGGAGGUGCCGCGAACAAGCGUACGCGAGGUUUGCUGCCGCCUAUCCCGGACCAGCAGGCUUCUGCCCAGCAGAGCCCAUCACCGUCUGUUUCCAACUACCAGUCUGGAGGUGUUCAUAACCCCGAAAUGGGCCAUGUAACGGAGCUUCUAGACACGGACACGCCAUCGCCUUCGCUGCGCCACGAGCUCGAGGCCAACCCGCAGGAGCGAAUGAUGAAGAUUAUAAACGACCAUAACGCCACCAGCACCCCGACAGCACUGGAUCCAGGAGCGGCCGAACUCGUAGCCAACGCGCCCAACACGCUGAAUAACGACCAGCGCAGUCAGCUCGUCAACUUUAUGGCCAACCAAUCUUCACCCGGCUCAUCCGCAACGCCGAACUCAUCAGCACAGCUGCCUAGCCGGGCUCCCACAUCGCAACGUCGCUCAACGUCCGCUACGCCACAGCCCGAUGCGGCCACCAAGCCGUCGCCGCCGUCUCUGUCACCGAUUAUGCGAUCGCCCAUGAUGCCCGCGCCGUCACUCAAUCACAUAAGCGCCAACCAGGAAGAGCUGGACCGCUUACAGCGCCUGCAAAACGAUCAAGAUGCCAAAAUCAGUGAACUGGGCGAAUUGCUCGGGCCGCUUAGCCCGUCGGGCCGCAUCCCUGGUUUGGACGGGUCAGACGGCUUCUUUGACACAAAUAACGUGGACCUGGACCAGUACCUUAACAACGAUGCUUUUUUUCAGGACGGCAGCUUUGGCGACGGGACCGAUUUCAACUUUAAUCUGGACGCCGACGCCGCGGCCGCCGCCGCCGCGGCCGCUGCGGUCCAGCAGGGAAGAAACGACACUCCGAGCCCGACAGGGACAGAAGAGAUUCUUCGCGAUGACUUGAACAGUCCUACCAGAGAUUCUAAGCGCCAGCGCACGACCUAG